GGGAGCCCUGGGCCCUUUAAAUCACCAGCCUGGGGAAGCUGAUCUGGUCCGGCAUGGCGUACUGGCUCUUGCCGUACCGACUUACUUUCAUCUCUGGCUGUUAGCAAAAAUGCAGGUCAGGCAUUAGGCAUAGGUCUAGGUCACCACUUAUUUAUGGACCAGCCAUUCUUCUCCACCCACCUCCAGCUGGAAGCUGUAUCAGCACGGCACUGACCCAACUCCCCCACCCACUGUACAGUUUCAGGGGCUCUGCCCCUUUAAGAGCUCCUCUCAGUCUCAGCAGCGACUCUAGCCUAGCUUUGAUGGGUGCCUAUUUAAUGGUACCUUCAACACACACCCCCUAGUGGUCCACAGCCAGGAGCUGACACGCCAGUGUGCCAGCCCAGGAUUUGAGGGCUUUUUUCUGACAUUUAAUUAUCCCCCCCAAAACAGAAGCUGAGAGACAGGAUCUGCCCCAGCAAUGUGGUUCUGGCGCAGCUGCUCCCCCAACACAGCUUUUGGAGUGGGGAGAGGGUCUGGCCCUUUAAGGACUGCCCCACAUGAGAAGCCUGGAACUGCCACACCAACAUGGCUCUGGCCAGCCCUCCAUGGGAGGAGGUUUUUUGGAGGCUCUUGUUGGUGCAGCCCGUGAAUCCAGUACUGCUAAGAUAACUCAAUUACAGACUGCACUGAAAAACAUCUCGUCUGAAAUCGAAUCACUGAAUCAGAAGCAAAUCCUUUGUGAAACCCAGAACGCUGCUCUGUGUAAGGACCAAGAGUGGCUGUGGGUCCAGCAUGAAGAAGCUGUAGACUUACUGAACCAGCAGAUGGCACAGAAAGCUAACACAAAUAUACUUUUAAAUGAGUUUUGCAACAAAAAAAGGGAUGCAGAACAAGAAAUAAUCAACCUAAUGAAUGCUAUCAAAGAAGUGAAAGAUGUUCUAGCUAAAGAAAUACAAAUAUUUAAUGAUGAAAUCGAAAUGUGGGCUAGAAAGAACGCAGAGAUGAAAACAAAACUUGAUCUUCAGAAGGAAAAAACUUCAGGAAAAAAGGAUGAAUUCGAAAAAUUGUCCAUAAAGCUAUUGGCUGUGCAGUCUGAGAUAGCUCAAAAUACAGCGAUUAUUUUUAAUGAGAAAGUUCAGAUAGCACGACUGAAAGAAACAAACGAACAACUAAUAAUGGAAUUAAAACUUAAAAUGAUGGAAAAGCUGGAACUCUGCGAAAGGAAACAUAGCCUCGAUUCUGAUCUACUGCUUUUGCAAUCAAAAAUUGCCCAAGAAAGAGAGAAUCUAAAUAUUGAUAUAGCAAAGGCUAAGGAAGAAUUACGUACAGCUGAAGGCCUGAAUAGAAAACUUAAACAUGAAAAUAAAUUUAUAAGUAGCCAGUAUCGGAUAUUACUGGCAGAAGAGGAACACUUACAUGCAAAAAGGGAUGAGGCGGCAACAGACCUUGAACGAUUAUCCAGUUGGCUGGAUGAAAGACUUGAAGUUCUGUCAAAGCGUGUGGUGGAGGAGCAAAACUUGGAGGAUGAAGUUGAGAGACUCGAAGAUAUCUUUCAAAACGCUAAGGAUGCCUAUGCAAGAGAACUAGAGAAUCUAGAGCAAUGUUUAAAGAGAGAAAGUGAGAUGAGAGCUUUGCUUCAGUGGAAACAACUUCACCUAGCAAAGAAGAAGGAGGCCUUGUGGAUAACAGAGGAGAGAUUCAUGAAUGAAAUGAAUGUAAGACUUGAGACUGGUAAAAAACGUCAUGCUGAGCUAAUUGCAGAGAAUGAGUAUUUCCAAAAAGAAAUUUUGCAGGCUGAAGAACAGUUCAAACACCUUAGUGAUGAUGUAAAUAAAAGGGAAGCUGAAUGCGAGAAGUAUGAAAACAGCUUAAUAGAAGACAUACAAUGGCUUGAGGAUGAUGUCCAAGCUAAAACUGAAGAUAUAUAUCAAAAAGAACAACAACUAAUUCUGAGCAUCCCUCUCAUAGAAGAAAGACGGAAAGAGUUGGAAGAGAAGCAUGAAAAAUAUGAAGACUUGAAAAAAAUAGUCUCAGAACUAAAAGAUGACGAGACAAGACUGACAAAAUCCAUUGAUCGGUCAGUCAAGAUGAUUGGUAAACUCAAGAAGAUCAUGGCUGAGCUGAAGAAUGAAUUAAGAAUAAAGCGUGACUUGGCAUUUGACCAGUUGAAAGAUCAUACGGAAGUUCUGAAGUUGCUAGAGAGGGACAUCUAUGAGGUCGACAGGAAGCUCGACAUUGUGAAGACAGAAAACUGCAGACUGAAAUUAUGCACUGCACAGAUGAAAGCGGAUAUUUUGACAAUGAGCCAUGAAGCCGAAAACCACAAAUCAACAACAAUAAAAAUUCUGAGUGAUCUGACAGUCCUUCAUCAGCUUUUUCUGAAAGGAUGGUCAGAGGACAGUAGCAUUCAAAAGGAAUUUGUGGAGAAUGAGAAGGAAAUCCUGGCUGCAAUAGCAGAUCUUGUAAUGAAACUUCAUCAGAGAGAGAGAAAGAUUGAUUGUAUUAACAAAGGGCUACAAAAUAACUUUGAUGGACUGGAUUCUUUGUUAGAAAGUAAAUCCAGCACGGAACCCAAUGUUUCUGAAGGAUAGAAUAUUGGAGUAAAAAGGAAAAGGUAAGUAUCCAUAUAUGAUCCCUAGGCUAUGUUUACUUACAAUGAGCUAUGCUUUUAACAGUCUACUGACUAAUAGAAAUUUUAGGAUUAAUAUAUAAGAUUCCCCACUCUUAUCCAAUGACAUGCUUAUCAUUAGUUCUACUUGGGAUUUGUUUUCACAUUUCUUUUUGACAACUUAGGGCCAAACUUUUAAGCCUGGAGCCACACUGUCCAUGAAGAGAAAUGCAUAUGCAAUUGCUCUUUUGUCAUUACCAUAGCUGUGCAUGCAAAUGUACAUUGCAGUUGGUCCAGAAACCCAGUCACCCAAAGUACAUGUGCAAUCCCAGUAAUUGAGUCUGAAAAUACAGGUACAAGACUGCACACAAAACAUGAGCCAUGGGAGUUGGUAUUUUAAUGCAUCUCUCUAUCAGGGCCAUAUUUUCAGAAGUGCUUUAUGGAUUUGGGUAAAAAAUGGGAAUGUUUGUAUGCAAACAACUAGGUGUACCCAAUCUCAUUAAGCAAAUGCCUAUUUUCACACCCAAAUUUUUGUGUGUGUACCAUUGUAGAAGUCCUUUUUGAAAUAGUGGAUUUAAUUUUCCAGUUAGACAAAGUUAUUACUACAAGAUUUAGGAUUUUUGUCCUAAGAGAGACGACUACAUAGUUUGCAUCUGAACAAGGAACAGUGACAUCUGGAGGCAGGUAAGCUGGUGUAGAGUCCAAAACAAAUACCCUGAGUCAUCCGUAUGUUCCACUGUAGUGUCUCCUUUGACUAGACCAGCUUUGCUUUGAGAGGUAAGCUCUCAAGCUGCUCCCCAAUUCCCCACAGCCUAAUUGGGUAAUAGAACAAACAACAUACCACUAUGACUCUUAAUUAAACAAACACACUCACUGUUAUACCAGGGUAUACCCUGAUCAGUACAUUUUUAUCCUUCUCUGCCCUCUUUGUAAUUACUUCCAUAGGCUCAAGAUUUAAAACCAGGUCACUGGUCAACUUGCCCAAAGAGUUGGCUGGUCAAAAUAUCCUUGGGAAAUAGCUGCUCAUAUUUUUAGAUUUGAAGCAGUUAAAGGCUGUUAGUUACCAUGUGACGUCCCUUUGUGCAUUAAUGAUCAUUUAAGUGUUGUAGGAUGCUGGUUCUCAGUCUGUUUCAUACUGUCAUGCCUCUUGUGAAUACCUCCAUUCUAGCAUGUGUUACAUGUAAAAGUAAUACUAGGAGAGCAUUAGAGAAGAGAUGAAUAUAUCCACUUAAUGGGACAGGGACUGCUCCUUAGUGACAGCAACCCCAUUUCUUUCUCUGCCCUUUCUCCCUUUGUGUGUGUUAGGGACUUAGAAAGCUUGAUGCUAGUGUGUCAUUGCCUACAGUCCCCCUGCUCUAACUACUGCAGGUCAGUGGCUGGUUGGCUGCCACCCAGCACAUUUCUCACCUUUACAAUGUUAGUGGUAGCGCAAGCUUUAUGAGCGUGAUUGAAUGUACACCAAAGCAAAACCAACAAACAGACAAUUAUUUAAUUGUGCCAAAACCCAACAAUUUUGAACAAGGGUGAAAGGCAUGGAGAGGUCUCCACCAUGCAGGUGCCUUCAUUGCUUGGCCAUCACACGUUUUAUGGCAGACAGUUUGCUAACACCAGUUGGUGGCUAGAAGGGGGAACCAAUUCCUGCCUAGGAGUAUGCAGGCAGCGUAUUGGGGAAACUGCCUGAGUGGAAGGGAUAGUACUCUUAAAUUGUACAAUCUUCCAUCUGGAGACUGUCAGCACAUCUCAAACCAGACUGAAAGAUGCAGUAAGAAAUGUACAGAAUUGUCAGCAGGAUUGUUCUCCACAGUACAUUUCCUCGCCCAUGUUUUAAGAUCUAAAUUGUAUUGGUCUGCAGGUUAAUAGGAGGCUGUAGCAGGGGUAAGGGAGGGGGUU